AUGCCAUGGUUUUGUGGAAAAUAUAAUUUCAGUAAUUAAGAUAAUAAACAAUAAAAUAAUAAAUAUAGUUUUCAGGUAUUUAAUUUUGAAUUAUCUUAUGAUUUAUAAUAUUUAGCAAUUUUUGGGAAGAUAAUCAGAAGUAAGUACUAUGCAUAAAGGGGAACAUUAGGAUAAAAAAGAAUCUAUUUUAGAAUAAAACUAUUUAAAAUUAAAAUAUAAGCAAUCAUUAUUGAAAGUAGUUUAUAAUGUAAUGACUUUUAUUAUACAAACUAUCAUAUUUCUGGAGAUUGUUGGGAUAGUUAUUUAAUAAUCGAUCUUUAAAAAAAGAAAGAAUACAUCUUUAAAAAUUUAGAGGGAUAAAAAUUUUUUAUUUAAAAAAUGGAUACAAUUAAUAGUAUAUAUUUAUAUGGAAAAAUGAGAAAAUGUUCCAUGUCAAUGCAGAUUAGAUUGAUAUGCAGUAAGAAAAAGAAAUUUAUAUUAAAUUCGAUUUUAAUCUCAUGUUAUAUUUCAAAUCAUUUUUAUUAAUGCUUGCCUUGAUUAGCAUAGAGUUAUACGAAUAUAUUAAUUUAUCUUGAAAAUUGUAAAGUUAUUAAAUAAAGAAAAAAAUAAAUUGAUAUUAACUCAUAAUAAAUCAUUUUUUAAAACUACCUUAUAAUUGAAGAAGAGAAUGCCCAAAGAACAGAUAUAGUGUUUGAUUACUAAGUAGUGGUAAAUUAUUAAGAAGAAUAAAAUAUCUAUUUGGAAAUUCUGGUUAUGUUUAACACUGAAUUUAUAAACAUAAAUUAUAGAAAAUCAGAUUAAUCAUUUUUAAAUUACAUUAUUUGACUUCUCAAGGGGAACUUCUAAAGAAAUUUCUUAUUUGAUUAAAUCAAAAUAUAACAAUAGUCAUCAAAUAUCUGAGUAGUCGGUAAAAUUAAAUUAAAUGCUACACAAUAAGAUAAAAUCUAAUACUUAAAAUAAUUAGAUAAAUAAGUAUUUAAAUUUAAUAUCAGGAAAUCCAUUUUAUUUUAUAUUUACAAAUAGAAGAUAACUUGAAGAUUUUUAUGCUGUAAAUUUAAUUAAUUUAAUUUUUCUAGAACAUUUAUAAGAAAAUAUUUUGUUGCUGA